AUGACAAUAUCACUUCUACUUGAAUAUAACUUUAUAAUUUUAUCAUUUGCAAAUAAAGAGCGUACGGUGAAUAUUGAAAAACAAAGAAGAAGUGGAUUCCAUCCAUUACGUGGAAGUUCCAUUGAUAUUCAUCCAAAUGCUCGAUGGCAACAGAAUGGUAUCACUGUAGCUGGAGGAAAUCGAGAAGGCAAUGGAACCAAUCAACUAUCAGACCCAUUGGGUUUGUAUGUUGAUGAGGAUCAAACAAUCUAUGUUGCUGAUUCGUCGAAUCACCGUAUUAUGGAAUGGAAAUGGGGUGCGAAGAGUGGCCAAGUGGUUGCAGGUGGAAAUGGACAAGGAAGUGGAGAUCAUCAAUUGUCUUACCCAAGAGAUGUGAUUGUCGAUAAAGAGAGAGAUAGUCUCAUCAUCUCCGAUUCUUCGAAUGACAGAGUGGUUCGAUGGCCUCGUCAAAAUGGAACAAGUGGAGAAACAAUCAUCUCCAACAUCGAUUGUUGGGGCUUGACAAUGGAUGAGAAUGGAUCUCUCUAUAUCGUUAAUACUGUAGAAAUGGAAGUAAGACGAUAUCGAAGAGGAGAAUCUCAAGGAAUAGUGGUUGCAGGUGGCAAUGGAUAUGGAAAUAGUCUCAAUCAACUCCCUUCUCCCGCAUACGUAUUCGCCGAUCAAGAUCAUUCAGUAUAUGUGUCUAUCUGGGGAAAUAGUCGUGUGAUGAAAUGGAUGGAAGAUGCAAAACGAGGCAUUGUCGUGGCUGGUAGUCAAAGAAAAGGAAAUGGUCUUACACAAUUGUCAGAUCCUAGAGGAGUCGCUGUCGAUCAAUUGGGCACUGUCUAUGUGGCUGAUCAAGGGAAUGAUCGAAUCAUGCGCUGGCCCAAAGAAGCCACACAAGGAAGUGUCAUUGUUGGUGGAAACGGUAGAGGAGAUCAAUCGAACCAACUCAAAGAGCCCUUAGGUUUGUCAUUCGAUCGAGACGGCAAUCUCUAUGUCGUCGAUCGUGGAAAUCAUCGAGUACAAAAAUUCAACAUCGAUUCAAAUGAAUAA